CUUCCUUUUUCUUUACUAAACAUGCCUUCCAGUAUUGACUUAGACCAGCGCUCGUCCAACGAUUCUCAAGCGAAUGAACCAACCAUUUACGUCUCAAAGGAAUCAAAUAACCAAUACAGCGAAAACUUUGAAACAAGGUUUGAAAUGUUUCGAUUUACUAUCCUCAUCACUGGCAUUUGUCUUGCCAUGUUUAUGAUGUCCCUUAAUUCUACUUUGGUUGCACCUGCUAUGGGUAUCAUUGCCACACAAUUAAAUGCGACCGAGAAUCAAACAUGGAUAGCAACAGCGUAUCUUGUUGCCAUCAAUGCAUUCCAACCUCUGUCCGGCAAGUUUUCGGAUAUCUUUGGUAGAAAAGCUGUCUUUUUAUUUGCUAUUGCCACGUUCUUUAUUGGAUCAAUUAUCAGUGCUGUUGCUAAUUCUAUCAAUAUCUUGAUCGCUGGUCGAGUCAUUCAAGGUUUUGGUGGAGGCGGAGUCAUGUCCAUGACUUAUAUCACCGUCACUGACGUUACACCUGUCCUUCUUCGUCCUCGAUUCCAGUCUAUCCUUGGUGUUGUCUAUGGUAUUGCCAGCGUGGUGGGUCCCUUGAUCGGUAAUGAUAUUAAAGAACCGCGCGCUUUUUCAAAAACUAAUAUUUUUUUUUCUUUUUUAGGUGGCGCUUUUGUCGAUCACGCUUCCUGGCACUGGGAUUUUUGGCUGAACGUGAUACUGUCUGGAAUAGCAUUUGUCAUCAUUUUCAUCUUUCUGAAAUCUCCUAAGAAUGUCGCUCAAGAGAGCUUUAUUCACAAGCUGAAGCGAAUUGAUUACCUUGGUACCCUCUUCGCCACUGGUUUUGUUGUUUGUUUACUUCUUGCCCUCAGUUGGGGAAACAGCUAUGGUUGGAAUGACGGACACUGCAUCGGUUCCUUUGUGGCUUCUGGUGUUUCUUUUAUUGCUCUAGUUUAUGUCGAAGGCUGGGUUGCUAAAGAACCUCUUUUACCUGCUCAAAUCUUGUUGAACCCUGCAUGUACUACUGCUUAUCUUUACAUGAUCUUCCUUGGUCUUACAUUUAUCUGUACUCUGUACUUUGGCCCGGUCUACUUUCAAGCCGUGUUUGGAGCUGAUAGUACCCAAUCAGGUCUCCGCUUGAUCCCAUUCAUGGUCUGCUUGAUUGCUGCAUCCGUAGGCGGUGGUAUCUUGAUUCAAAUAUUCCCUUACCCCAAAUACUUUAUCAUCUUUGCUGGUGCCUCCAACUUGAUCUGUUACGGCUUGUUCCAACUCGUUAAUCCUAGCAGCAACUGGGGCCAACAGGCAGGCUUUCUUGCCUUUGGAGGUCUGGCCUUUGGUCUAUCCAAUCAGAAUGCCAUUUUUACUGUCCAAUCGAGCGUCGCUUUAAAAGAUAUUGCAGUCGCCACAACCUGUGUCAACUUCUUCAUGAUGCUCUCUUCCUCCGUGGGUGUAUGUAUAUACCAAACCCUUUCAGCUACCUUUGUCAAGGCUCAAUAUGCAGGAUUGCCUGCGGAAGUACUCAAGGUAGCUAAUGAAUAUGGUGCAUUAAAGAACUAUCUGUUUAUUCGCAAAAUGCCUCUUGAAUACCAACAACCUAUGACUCAUGCCUAUGCUGCUGCCAUGCAUAAUUUGUUCAUCAUUCCUUUGGUCGCAGCUGGUCUUGGCCUUGUGGUAGCAAUCUUCUUCAAGCCUGUUCGUUAUGGUGGUUCACCUGCAGCUGCAUCUACAAAGCAAGAGAUCGACAUAGAAAAAGAAAGUGUCGUCUAAUUAUACUUUUUUUUUUAUAUAUUUUGCAUAUUCAUAUUUACAUGUACAGUUUACAUUGCAUCAACCAUUAGAAUAAAAAAUUAUCAUUGUGUUACCCAGUCACUAAGUUACUUCUUAUCUCUUUU